CUUCAACAUACAUUAUAGUAUAUAAGACACACAUACUUAUAAUAAUCUUCCUAGUUUUUCUUUCAUUACAUUUGAUUAGUGAGUAAUCAAAGUACUAAAACUACUUAUUAGCCGCCGAUUGAAUAUUUGAAAGUUGAUUAAGCUAGUGUACACAAUGGGAAGAUCACCAUGUUGUGACAAAGCUAAGGUUAAAAAAGGGCCAUGGUCUGCUGAAGAAGAUACAAUGCUUGUAAACUUUGUCGCGAAAUAUGGCAAUGGAGGAAAUUGGAUUUCACUCCCUAAAAAAAUCGGGUUGAAUCGAUGUGGGAAGAGUUGUCGUUUAAGAUGGUUGAAUUAUCUUAGACCGGAUAUUAGGCAUGAUAAUUUCACUGAAGAAGAAGAUUAUAUAAUACUCUCACUUUACCACAACAUAGGCAGCAGGUGGUCAGUAAUUGCGUCGAUUCUACAAGGAAGAACAGACAACGAUGUGAAGAAUUACUGGAACACAAAGCUUAAGAAAAAAGUAUCAUCAGAAAAAUUCAAGAAUAAUAAUAUUUUUGGGAUUUCAUCUUACGAAAAUACAGAUUUUAGUACACUCAAUCAUCAAACUCUAGGUAAUGAAAGAAUUAUGAGUUCAAGAUUAGGUCAAGGUGGCAUUUUCGACGUUGGAGAAUGUCGAGAGAAUGUAACUCUAAGCCACACAUCAAGUAGUGGUUCGAUGACUCCAGAGAUUUCAAGCUAUUCAGGGUCAUCAUCAAGUUCUGUGGAAUUUAAUCAAAAAAGCUCGGGAUCGAUCUCGAUUAAUGGUGAAGAAGAUGAGUUUUGGAUGGAUUUGUUGUCUGAAUCUUUUGAUGAUGUUGUAGUUGGUUCUAAACUUGAGGAGAAAAUCAGUGAGAUAGCUUCACUCUUAGAUGAUUCAUUUGGCAAAAGUGGGUUUUUAUUGUAAUUUUUUCUUUGAAUGUAGUUCUUAAGGUAGAAUUAUUCAUUACAUUAUAUUGAAUUAUUUGUAGGCUAGCAAAUCCUGCUUGAAAUUCUAUAAAAAAAUUUGAAUGUUAUAGUUGACAGUGUCGUCAAAUUAUUGUUGCAAGAUGAU